GAUGCUCCAAUCACGGAGCGGUAACGGCACACUCUCAUUUGCACAGCCAUGUUAUAAAGCAGGGCCCGGCCAUGGGGCGGUAUCCUGACCCAGUGUUCCCUCCUGCCGUCAAACUGACGCCACACACACGAGAAAAUGCCUGAUCCUGCAAAAUCAGCCCCUGCGCCAAAGAAGGGCUCCAAAAAGGCCGUCACCAAAACCCAAAAGAAAGGAGACAAAAAGCGCCGCAAGACCAGGAAAGAAAGCUACGCCAUCUAUGUGUACAAGGUGCUGAAGCAGGUGCACCCAGACACGGGGAUCUCCUCCAAGGCCAUGGGCAUUAUGAACUCGUUUGUCAACGACAUCUUCGAGCGCAUCGCCGGGGAAGCGUCGCGCCUGGCGCACUACAACAAGAGAUCCACCAUCACCUCCAGGGAGAUCCAGACCGCCGUGCGUCUGCUCCUGCCCGGCGAGCUGGCCAAGCACGCCGUGUCCGAGGGCACCAAGGCCGUGACCAAGUACACCAGCUCGAAAUAAGAGACGUACAGACACGAAGGGGGGGAAGGCACAAGUCACCAAAUCACCACCGAGACGCUGCGUGAACCCCCUUCACCGUGUCGGCUGGUUACUGAACCCAAACUGCGUCUGUGAUGUUUGCGCCGUGGUGGAGAGGAUGAAUGUUGGAUUCACUGGAACUGAAGCCUGCCAUUUUGUUUUAACCUGGAGCUGUGUCACGUUUUUAACAAGUCAUUAAAAUAAAAAGUCAGAACCAGUGUAAGUCUGUGCUCUGCAGGCUCCGUUUGCUUUGCGCCAUUGUGAUACUGAUUUGUUACAUAUGCACCUUAACAGACUCUAACUGUAUGUGAUGGCACAGUCAGAUGUUGUGAGAUUAAAGCUGUGACUUCUGCCUGA